AUGUCUAAACCUCAAGUUGCAAUAAUUGGUGCAGGUCCAACGGGGCUUGCAUCCAUCAAGCAAUGUAUUGCCGAUAAUCUAGAGCCCGUAUGUUUUGAAGCUACCUCAUAUACCGCUGGACUUUGGCGUUAUACAGAAAUUACCGAAGAAAACAAUGACCCACAUUCUUCAUGCUACAAUAGCGUGGUCAUUAAUACCAGUAAAGAAAUUAUGUCAUUCUCCGAUUUUCCAAUACCUAGAGAUUGGCCUUAUUAUUUACACAACAAACUUGUUGCCAAGUACUUUGAUAUGUACGCAGAAAAGUUUCAGCUUAUUCCUCACAUAAAAUUUAACACAACCGUCUUGAACCUGACAAUUCUUCCUGAUAAACGUUGGAACGUUCGAUAUAUCACUAAAGGCGAAGAGGAAACCGAGCAGGUGUUUGAUUACGUAAUGGUUUGCACUGGUCAUCAUAGAUAUCCACGAUUGCCAAAUUAUCAAGGAAUGGAUCAAUUUCAAGGGAAUCAAAUUCAUUCUCAUUUUUAUCGUGUGCCUUCUGAUUUUGCGAAUAAACGUGUUGUUAUUGUAGGAUGUGGAAACAGUGGAAUGGAUAUUUCUGUGGAAUUGUCUGGGGUCGCAUCACAAGUUUAUGUUUGCACUCGUCGAGGAACGUUACCAUGGAUUUUGCCAAGACUUUUACGUGGAAAGCCUAUUGAUCACCACAAUUCCCGUUUUUACACCACAUGGUUACCCUCAUUUGUUAAAGACUAUCUUACCAAACGUACAGUAAAAACCACAAUUGGUCCUUCUCCGAUACCAGACCUGGAACCAAAAACUAAUCCAUCCAAUUCUCAUCCAACUCUUAAAACAAAUUUUUACGACUGCCUUUCAAAUGGAACAAUUAUCGUAAAACCAAACAUCUUCCGGUUGAACAAUGAUAAUUCCAUUGAAUUCAUUGACAAAACUAAACUUGAAAAUAUUGAUGCCAUAAUAUAUGCUACCGGAUAUAAAAUUGAAUUUCCAUUUUUGAAUAGUGAAGUUGUUAAUGGUGGUGACGAAAUUUUAAAAAUGUUUGAUGAAGAAUAUAGAGAGAAUUUGGUUUGGCUAUAUAAGAGAAUGUUUCCACCAAAAUAUCCAAAUAUUGCUUUCCUUGGAUUGGUUCAAUUGAUAGGUGCUAUCUUUCCCUUAAGCGAAAUGCAAGCGCGUUAUGUGACAAGUCAAAUCACUGGUCACAUACCAACACAUCCACCUAUUUCCAAAAUGUACAAAGAAAUUCAAGAGCACCAAACAUCGUUACAAAAACGUUAUUAUACCUCGGCAAGGCAUACGAUUCAAGGAGAUUACUUCCAGGAAUUGGAUAAUUUAGCAAAAGAUCUAGGUUGUUAUCCGUAUCCAUUGCAAACUAUAUGGAAAUAUGGAAUUAAUAUGUAUUGGAAAAUUUUAUUUGGUGUCCCUACUGCUAUCCAGGCAAGUUAA